AUGUCUACCAGCAAACGUGACCACAAAACAUAUUGUGAAGAUUAUAAAUUAAACAAAAAACAUUAUGUGAAAAAGCUGAAAAAACUCAGAACAGAAAUUAUGAUUUCUGAUUCAGAUGAUGAUCUGCCGUCUCUCAAAACUGUGUUACAAAACAUACCAAAUUUCAUCAAAAAAAUUAACAAAAAAUAUAAUGCUAAGUUUAUCGGGAUAAAUCGUUUUCUUAGAAUCAGUAAGAAGAAAACACGAGCUAAGCUAAAAAGCUUGGUGAAAAGACUCAAAACCCAAAAAACUUACAUGAAAAAACUCAGAAAAGAAAUUAUAUUGAUCCCUGAUUCCGAUGACGACGAACUGCCGCCUCUCAAAACUGUGUUAGAAAACAUACCAAAUUUCACCAACAAUAAAAUUAACAAAAAAUAUGAUGCUGAGUUUAUCAAGAUACAUGAUGAUACCACGGCUGCAAAUAAUAAUAAUGGUGAUUUCACAUAUACCAUCAACAAAGAUCAUUCUCUUAAAAUCAGUAAGAAGGAAAUACGAGCUAAGCUAAAAAACUUGGUGAGAAAACUCAAAACCAAAGAGGUUACCAAACAUAUCAUCGAUAUAUGUAAACAUAAAGAAAAAUAUGAGUACUACAACGAUUUCAAAUCACUAUCUGAAUUGCAACUCCAUCAUCCACUCGCUAUAAUGCAUCGAUUUAAUAAUUUAGUACCUGGAUAUUAUGGAAUGAAAGG